UACACACGGAGGUCUGCGAGCGCUCCGCGUCCUGCCGGGAAGCCUUCCUUCCUUUCCUGACCGGGAGAAAGCACACGAGGAGGACGCAAAGAUCCGAGACGACGUCGACUGCGGAGACGCCAGAGACAGACAGAGAGAGAGGCUGACAGUGAUUCCUCGGUGUGACAUUAGGCUCAGUGCGCCGCGCUGGUAAUUAAAGGAGCCUGGAUUAGCCCCCUGCUCGCUGCUGCGCUCCGCUCCUCUCCUGCAACGCCUCAGCUCCCCCGACGCGCUCGCCUGGAAGGAAAAACUGUUUGCGCUCCCAACAAAGCAGCUAAGCAGACCAACAGGCUCCAAAAUUAGAUCACAUCUGGGGGAUAGUGUUAGGAAAGCUACUGGCUGCAGCGCGUCCUCCCCUCUCCUCUGAGCGGAGAACAAAGUGCUGUUAAAUCUGCGCUCUGCUGGGACUUGGGACCUGAACCAGGAGGUUCUGGAACUUGCACUUGACAAGAGCGACACGGACAACUCCGAGGAGAGCACAGCCACACUCCAGCAGCUCAGGGGAAACUAAGAGUAAAGAAUCAAAUUCCUGCCAAAAUGCCUCUUGCACAAAUCGCGGAGCCAUGGCCCACAAUGGAGCUGGUGCAGCUGGAUACAGAGAACGGGCAGAGCACGACUGAGGAUGGAGUCUCAGCUGCUGUCAAGGAAGAUGGAGACAUCAAGGAGAUCAACAUCACCCAUGUGGUCAAAGAGGGCUCGGAGAAAGCUGACGCCUCUCAGUUUGAGCUGCUUAAGGUUUUGGGACAGGGAUCCUUUGGCAAGGUGUUCCUUGUGCGAAAGGUGACCCCUCCAGAUGCCAACCAGCUGUAUGCCAUGAAGGUCCUAAAGAAGGCAACUCUUAAAGUUAGAGACCGUGUGAGGACCAAGAUGGAGAGGGACAUCCUAGCAGAUGUCAACCACCCAUUUGUUGUCAAGCUGCACUACGCAUUCCAGACUGAAGGGAAGUUGUAUUUGAUCUUGGAUUUCCUCCGAGGCGGAGAUCUUUUCACCAGACUCUCUAAAGAGGUGAUGUUCACAGAAGAGGAUGUGAAGUUUUAUCUAGCAGAGCUUGCUUUAGGCCUGGACCACCUUCACAGCCUAGGCAUCAUUUACAGAGACCUCAAACCUGAAAAUAUCCUCCUGGAUGAGGAAGGACAUAUCAAACUCACAGAUUUCGGCUUGUGCAAAGAAGCCAUCGAUCAUGAGAAGAAGGCUUACUCGUUCUGUGGUACUGUGGAGUACAUGGCGCCAGAGGUUGUCAACAGGCAGGGCCACAUCCACAGCGCUGACUGGUGGUCGUUUGGGGUACUGAUGUUUGAGAUGCUGACAGGAUCUCUGCCGUUUCAAGGGAAGGACCGCAAAGAAACGAUGAGUCUGAUCCUGAAGGCACGCCUAGGAAUGCCUCAGUUCCUAAGUGCUGAAGCCCAGUCUCUGCUCAGGGCUUUGUUCAAGAGAAACCCUGCCAACAGACUGGGCUCGGGCGCCGACGGUGCAGAGGAGAUAAAGCGACACGGCUUCUUCUCCACUAUAGACUGGAAUAAACUCUUCCGAAGGGAAGUAAAGCCUCCGUUCAGGCCAGCUGUCGCCCGCCCAGACGACACCUUCUACUUCGACUCAGAGUUCACUUCCCGCACACCCAAAGACUCUCCUGGUGUGCCGCCCAGUGCUGGAGCUCAUCAGCUGUUCAGAGGCUUCAGCUUUGUUGCGUCCACUCUGUUGGAGGAGGAAGGCUUAGCACAGCCGCCGCAGCCGCCGCCACACCCAGUGGUCCAGCAGCUGCACGGGAAAAACCUUCUGUUCAGCGACGGGUACGUCCUCAAGGAGGACAUCGGCAUGGGCUCCUUCUCCGUCUGCAAGCGCUGCAUCCACAAAGCCACCAACACCGAGUAUGCUGUCAAGGUGAUUGACAAGACCAGCACAGAUCCGUCGGAGGAAAUAGAGAUCCUGCUUCGAUAUGGACAGCACCCCAACAUCAUAACGCUGAAGGAUGUGUAUGACAACGGGAAGCAGGUCUUCAUGGUGACGGAGCUGAUGCGCGGCGGAGAGCUGCUGGAUCGGAUUCUGAAGCAGAAGUUUUUCUCAGAGCGGGAGGCCAGCGCCGUGCUUCACACCAUCACAAAGACGGUGGAGUACCUCCACUCCCAGGGGGUUGUGCACAGAGACCUGAAGCCCAGCAACAUCCUCUACGUUGAUGAAUCAGGAAAUCCCGAGUCCAUCAGGAUCUGCGACUUUGGCUUUGCGAAGCAGCUGCGCGCCAACAACGGCCUGCUGAUGACCCCGUGCUACACUGCUAACUUUGUAGCUCCUGAAGUGUUGAAGCGUCAAGGCUACGAUGAAGGAUGUGACAUCUGGAGUCUGGGAGUCUUACUGUACACCAUGCUGGCUGGCUUCACUCCGUUUGCCAACGGGCCGGAGGACACGCCUAACGAGAUCCUGAGCAGGAUAGGAAGUGGUCACUUCAGCCUGGCUGGAGGGAACUGGGACACUGUGUCUGAUGCUGCCAAGGACCUUGUGUCCAAGAUGCUCCAUGUGGAUCCACACCAGAGACUGACUGCUAAGCAGGUCCUCAGACACCCCUGGAUCGUCCAGAGGGACAAGCUACCCAACAGCCAGCUCCCUCACCAGGACCCCAAACUGGUCAAGGGUGCGAUGUUGGCCACCUACUCCGCCCUGAAGAACUCCCAGCCCACUCCGGAGCUCAAACCCAUCGAGAGUUCCUUCCUCGCCCAGCGGCGCGUCAAGAAGCUGCCCUCCACCUCCCUGUAGCGACUUAAAAAGAAACAAAAAAUAAAUAAAUAAAAAGCCAGCCAUCCCGCUCAACGGAGCCUGAUCUUCAAAACCAACUUCAAAAGGCUCCAAACCAGCCCAGUCAGCUUGCUCUGGGACGUAGCGUCCAGCCGCCAAAAGCCAGCCAAGGAACA